AUGCAGCGCAUGACGGUUGUGGACGGAGUUCAGUUGAUCCCCUUGGUCGCUGCCCUUGCCUUUUUGGUGUCUGCGCCCUGGAGGAUUUGGACGCUAUGCAAGGCCACCACCAAGAUAGGACCAAACCUGCUUGGAACAUUCAAAGCGUUCACGUCUCUGUUACUACCUCUCGUCUGUAUCGCUCGGCUAGUCGAAUAUGCUGGUUGGCCGGCUCCUGCUGAUGUUGUGAUCUUCUACACGCCUAUAGCCACUGUAGUCGCCGCCGUCGUCUACUGCAUGUUGUCGCCACUCGAGCACAGGCGUUCCGUCAGACCCUCGACGCCAAUCAUCUUGUUCUUGACUGCCAAUUUUCUAGGUGAGACGGCACGAUGGGCACUCAGUCUUCGCCCCGGCGGCAGCCAGAUUGGGGGCCGGGGCAGCGCUCUGAGGGCUGUUAUUAGCCUCUUUCUGCUCCUUGUCGAGAGCCACGAGAAAUCGAGCAUACUGUUAGACUCCAAGACGGUACGAUCUCCCGAAGACACGGCUGGGGUCCUCAGCCGGGCCUUUUUUUGGUGGAUCAACCCGAUUCUUGCCAGAGGAUAUCACGAGACAUUCGAGGUCAAGACGCUUCCGAAUCUUGACUCGAAUCUCAUCUCGACUUCGCUUCGCUCGGCCGCUCUUUACAAUUGGGCACAAAGGCGAAAACCAGAGGGUUUAAUGACCCUACCCAGAGUUCUGUUGAAAACACUCCUGCGGCCAUUCUUGGGUGCGGUCCUACCACGACUGUUCUUGACCGCGUUCAAAUAUUCACAACCUCUACUAAUCAGGGAGGCCAUACACUUUUUAACCACAUCCAGAGUAAAAAAAGAGUCACAGGACGGGACCAAUCUCAUUCUUGCCGCAAUCAUAGUAUACACUGGGCUGGCGGUUUCGAUCGCAGUGUACCAAAGAUGCCUCAACCGCUUACAGGUCAUGGCGCGAGGUGUUCUCAUCAGCUUGAUCCACCACAAGACGCUUCACACAAGUUCAGACUUUCUGAACGAAGGCAAAGUCGUGACACUGAUGAGUAACGAUGUUGACAACGUCAGUGACUCGGGGGAAAUGUUCCAUCAGACAUGGGCUCAAGUUCUCGAGGUGGCCAUUGGCAUAGCACUCCUCGCUAGUGAAGUUGGUUGGGUUUGGCCUCUCCCAUUGGUUUUCAUCUUCUCCGGUUCUCGUGUCAGCAGAUUUGUCGCGCGAAACUUGAGGUCUCGCCAGGGCGCAUGGAAUGCGGCAACGCAAAGGCGCAUCUCCAUGACUGGUACCGUCCUGGCAGCAAUCAAGAACAUCAAGAUCAUGGGCCUUCAGCGAGGCCUGAUUGCAUACAUCGAGAGUCUUCGUCGGGCAGAAAUGGACUCUGCAGAGACAGUCUGGUGGAUGAAUCUGACGUAUGUCGCGUCUGCCAAUUUGAUAGGGAUUUUCACACCAGCCGUGACGCUUUUCACGUACGCCGUGGUUGCGUAUUUUCGAGGCACUGCGUUGGAUACGGAAACGGCUUUCACGACAACCGCAAUUCUUGGCAUGGUCACUCACCCAGCAAACAUGGUCAUGACCAUAAUUCCCAAGGUCAUUGCCUCUUUUUCCAGCUAUGAACGCAUUCAAAAAUUUCUCUUGGAGCCAGAUCUGGCAGAUCCUAGAUCUGUAAAGUCAGCUACCGAGCCAGAGCUUGUCGACACCAGUGUUGAGUCUGAUGCAGCAAUCUCCUUCCAGCAUGUAUCUAUUGUCAAUGAUGCUUCAAAGAUAUUGCUAGAGGAUAUCACCUUCACAGUACCCCAAGGAAGCUUCGUCAUCUGUGCAGGGCCCACCGCAUCUGGAAAAUCGACCUUGGUAAAAACCAUUCUUGGUGAAUCAAACGUGAGCCAAGGCGAGGUUUGUGUCUCGUCCAGGAAUAUUGCCUAUUGUGCACAGUCGACGUGGCUACCAAACACCACGAUAAGGGAGGCUAUUACCUCGUUCUCUCGAGAGACGAAACAAAACGAUGAAGAAUGGUACGCAGAAAUCUUGCGAGUUUGCUGUCUUCAAGAAGACCUUGACGCCAUGGCAGAGGGAGACAAGACUUCAGUGGGAUCCAGGGGAAUGAACAUUUCUGGCGGCCAGAGGCAACGUGUCGCUCUCGCUCGUGCCCUCUACACCCGUCCAACAAUACUGCUACUCGAUGACAUUCUGAGUGGACUAGACGGAAAUACAGAGAAUGAGAUUAUCGAAAAUCUGCUAGGCCCCAGUGGUCUUAUCCAAAAACACCGGAGCACGUUAUUCCUCAUUACAAAUGCCGCACAACACUUCCGACUAGCCGAUCGAGUCCUGAUUCUAGAGGACUUCAAGAUCAAGGAGCAAGGCAAUUGGAACGAUCUUAAAGUCAAGCAGGGAGAUAUUGAGAAGAUCAUCACAAGUAAAAGCCAGGCCGGCACGACCACCAACGGAGAAGCUACAACACCGUCAAAAGGUCCAAAGACUGUAACACCCGCACCCAAAUCGACAUCUGAUGAUGCCCGAUCUAGCGGGGACAGCGAGCUCUACGGGUAUUUCAUAAAAUCCGCGGGAUACGGUAACUUUAUGUUCAUGUUUGUUUGCGUUGCCGCUUACUCGGUAUUCAUGGCCUUUCCGCAAUACUGGCUCAAGUUGUGGACCGAGUCAGAGUCUAACGAGCCUUGGUUCUUUGCUAUUGGUUACCUCCUGCUCGCCCUUGGUGCUUGGGUCACAACUAUUAGCGGAGUGUGGGCAAGGAUGUUGAAAAUGACUCCUCGUUCGGGUCUGACGCUCCACUCAAAACUUCUGGAUACAGUCCUACUGGCGCCGCUAUCCUUUUUCUCCAAGACUCCGACGGGAGAGAUCCUGAACAGAUUCAGCCAAGAUAUACAAUUAAUUGAUAAGAAGGUUGGCGAAGCACUUGGCGCCUUCGUUAUUCAAAUUUGCAAACUCACUGUACAAAUUGUACUGCUCUUUCUUGCUUCAAAAUACAUGACAGUCACUUUGCCAAUCUCCGCAAUCAUUAUCUACAUCAUCCAAAAGGUUUAUCUCCGUACAUCACGGCAGCUACGACAUCUCGAGCUCGAAUCUCGAUCAUCAGUCUUUCAGGACUUUCUUGAAACGGUCGAGGGUGUCACAACAAUUCGAGCAUUCCAGGCCCAUGAGAAAGCCGAGGUUGCUCAUCUGGAAUACCUGGACUUCUCGCAACGACCCUUUUAUAUAUUAUUCUGCCUUCAGAGAUGGCUCAACAUUGUUCUCGAUUUACUUGUUGGAGCCAUUGGAGUCGGCGUCAUCACCGUGGCCGUGACCCUGCGCGGCGCAACGAGUGCUGCCCAGGUUGGUCUCGCGCUCAAUAUGAUAUUGGUGGCCAACACCGCGUUGCUAGCGCUUAUACGGUCAUGGACGGACCUUGAAAUCUCUUUGGGGGCCGUUCUGCGUCUCAAGACUCUAGAGGAGGACGUUUCUCCAGAGGACAAAAAUGCUGAUCUGCCUGAUCGUUAUACUUCGGUGCCCUGGCCCAUGCCAGGGGCCGUGGAAUUGACUAGUGUAAAUGCGGCGUAUAACCCGGAUGCACUCGCGUUGCAGAACUUUUCAAUGACCGUCGAGCCUGGCCAGCUAGCAGUGCUCUGCGGACGAACCGGAAGGGGAAAGAGUUCCGUUCUUUUGUCUCUGCUCAAGAUGAUAGACGUACGGUCUGGCUCCGUGACCGUUCAUGGUCUCAACACCAAACAUGCGCCAACGUCUGUGGUCAGAGAAAAGUUCUUUGUGGCGAUUCCUCAAGAUGCCACCAUAUUUCCGCAAGCCAGCUUGCGCUUCAACCUGGAUCCUUCCCAGGUCCUGAGCAACGAGACUGUCAUGAAGGCGCUAGGCAAAGUAGGGCUCUUGGAUCACUUCCGUAUCCCCGAACAAGAGCAGCGGGCCGGACCGCAGCCAGAAGAAGAAGAAACAGCCUCCUCGCCCGGCAAAAUUCUCGACAAGGCCAUGUCCGACUUGGCGGCUAUUUCAGCGGGCCAAGCGCAGCUUCUCGCACUGGCGCGCGCGCUGCUCCAGGCGCACAGCCUCGCCGAAGAUGGCCAUAAUAAGCCCAUUGUUCUACUCGAUGAAGCCACGUCAUCCCUGGACCUUGACACGGAAGGGCUGAUGCUUUCGGUCAUUCACCAAGAGUUCACUUUGAGGGGUUACACUGUCAUCAUGGUUGCACACAGACUUGGUGCUGUCAAGGCUAUUCUGCGGGAAGGGGUAGACCAAAUGAUUGAGAUGUAA